AUGGCUGUGACGCUGUACCCCUUCAACCCGGACAGCCGGGGCUAUGAGGACCUGGAAUCCUUGCUCCGCGGGAACUUCGACACAGGUGCCCUGCAUGUGGAGCUGGGUACGCAGCCGCUCCCGCCCAAGCCGCAGGUGGUUUGGGAUGUGCAGACAGGACACCGACGGCGACAACCGGCGCCGGAGCCAAAGGCGCCCCCCGAGCCGCCGGAGGAGCCGGAAGAGCCGCCCCCGGAGCCGCUGGGCAGAGUGGGGCCCCCAGGCUACAGGCCCAAAGGCGGCCUACCGGCGCAGCGUGCCACCGCUCCCGGGGAGUUCUUCGCGGCCUACCGGCGCCCGCCGAAAAGCGGGCGGACGAAGGACCACGCGAAGCUUAUGGCGGCAGUGAACAACCUGGCGGGGGAGCACCAGGAGAUUAUUGACAACAUCCUGGGUCAGUGCGACAAAGUCUCGCGAAUGAUCCUCUACGCCACGGCCAACGCGCUGCGCGAGGCCCACGAGAGCGCGCAGAAGCCGAUGUCCUGGCUCGCCACGCGGGCGGCCAUCAAGAAGGAGCUGGCACACUUCGCGGGCCUGGAAGAGAUGCACCGUUUGUUGGACAUGUCCAAGAUUGACAUGCCGGACGACAACAACAUCCUUCUUCGCUUCUCUUCUGAGGAGAAGAAGCAGAAGGAGGAUAUGGAGGCGCUCUUCCGCUACAGCGUCAAGAGACUGAAGAAGAAUGGCUUCAGCCUUGGCUUCGACCUGGAUCGAGUGCAGAAGCGCCUCACCCUGCACCGCAAGGACGCAGAAAGCGUGCUGCAGCAUACCGGCGCCAUAGACAGCGACUACAACGGCAAGGCAACGCAGAUAGCGCUGAAACAUGGAGAGGCCUCGGCGAUGGCUGCCUUGAAAUCCUACGAGACGGGCCAGCACAAGAUCUUCAGUGGCUACGCGCAGACGCUGAAGGACGCCAGCAGUACGCAUAAGCCCACCUGGAUGCCAGCGAUGCCAGCGCUAGCAAGCCCCAAGCUUGUGCCCAGCUUCGCCCGCGCCCAGAGCGAUGAGCCGGAGCCGCUCGAGGACAAGGACCUCAGCGUGGAGCAGCAGAAGAAGAACAAGGAGAAGAAGGUGGCUGAUUUGAAAGCGACGCUGGAGACCCUGUUGAAGCAGAAGAAGGACGAGGAGGAGGAAGUUGUGGAGGAGAGGGUAGCGUCCAAGAAGGCAGAUGGAUUGCGUCUACAGCAAGCGGAAGGUCUGGAGGAGAUGGAUGCCGCCCUGACUGCCCUGGAAGAGGAGCGCGAGGCAGCCAAGAGGUCGAUGGAAGGCGGCCCGCAGGUGGCGAGGAUGGUGGAGUUCAUGGACACGGGGCAGCACAACCUGCGGCAUCUCCUGGACGAUCUCGUUCGCAUUGAGAAGAAGCAAGCCGCAGCGCGGCGAUCGCUCUACGAUCUGGUUACCCCGGAGUGCCGGCAGCUGGUGCACGAGAUGGUGCGGAAUCGGGAAAUCGCGAUUGAGCUCUUGGACGCCAACGUCCUGCCGAUCACGGACCCCAACGCCCCUGAGACCGAGCAUACCACCGUCUCCCAGAUGAUUGCUGACUCGAAGAACGUGACCAACGCGCAGCUGGUGGCGGCGGCGCGGAAGCGGCAGCAGCUUCGAGAGCACAAGGAGGCCCAGGAGGCGGAGCUGGAGGAGCGCCGCGAGGCGGCGGUGGCGGAGAAGGCCGCGAAGGCGGCGGAGUCCGCGCGCCAGGAAGAGCUCCGCAAGGCCGAGCAGGACAGCUCGGACGCAGGCCUUCUGAAGCAGAUCAAGGCGAUGGUGGUUCAGGGGAAUAUGCUGCUCUCAGACAUCCGCGCGGAGCAGAAGGACCAGGAUGCCUGGAUCACUCAGGAGGCUGAGGGCUUGCUGGAGCAGACCAAGGAUAUCUUGCAACGGACCGGCAAGGCGCUGGCCAACAAGGAGCCAACGGGCCCGGAGGUGGUGAAGCAGUUCUCGGACGAGUUCCAAGAAGUGCAGAUCGCCGUGCUGGGCCUCAAGCUGGCCAAUCAGGAGCGGAAGGCCAAGCUGGAGCGCACCAACUCCUUGCGGCAGACGAGCUUCAUAGAGGCCGCAACGUCGCUGCAGGACCUGCAGGAGGAGCUGGAGGCGCAGCAGGCGGCCAACGCCCAGCGGGAGCGGCGCCUGAAGCGCGUGAAGGCAGCCACCGUACAAGAGGGCGCCCGCGCCAAGGACUCGAUGUCCAGCGCCACAGACGAAGCGGAGGAGCCGCUGGCGCGUUCCAACUCCAAGCGCGCCAUGCAGGUCUUCCUGCAACGCGCGCAGAGUGGUGGUGUGGACGCGAAAGCCGUAGCGGCUCCAGAGGAGAAGACGGAGUCGGAGACCGAGUCCAUUGGGAGUGAGUUCAACUCGGAGGCGGACGAGGCGGAAGAGCCGAUGCGGCACAGCAGCACGAUCUCGGUGGCCGCCAUGGCCACGGGUUCGCGCUCGGCCUCCGGGACGGGUCCCUCUCCAAGCCCAGGACCAGGCUCGCCGCGCGCACCGGAGCCGCCGGCGGAGCCGCCGGCGGAGCCGCCGGCGGAGCCGCCGGCGGAGCCGCCGCUGGAAGCGGUGCCUGCGGCGUCUCCGCAGCCGCGCCAGGAGUCCGUCGCCAGCCCGCUUUCCCCGAAGAGAACCGCGGAGGAGCAGGCGGCCCGGGACGCGCAGCGGGAGGCGAGGCGCCAGGUGCUGCACCAGCUAAAGAUGGAGAAGCUGGCCAACGAGAGCUUGAUGGAGGAGGUCGCCCGAGCUCGCCGGGAGCUGGAGGAGCUGCGGGCGCGGCGCGCGGCCGAGGAAGCGGCGGACGCGGCGUCGGCGGCGGCGGACGCGUCGGCCGCGGAAGCCGCGGAGGCGGCGAAGGCGGCGGCGGCGGGCUCCGGAGGUGAAGCGGCGACCGAGGGAGAGGAGUCUGCCUCCAAGGAUUCGGUGUCGCAGGUGCCCCUGAAGCGCACGGCUUCCGGCCGCUUGGCGCAGCUGGUGCGGCACCAUUCGUCGAAGCUCAUGGGGAAGGAGGGCGAGGAUGGUGACAGCCCCCUGGGCCGGAUGGUCAGUGGCCUGGGCAUGCUCGCAAGCUCCAAGGCGCUGGCCACCCAGAAGCAGAAGCUGGCGCAGGCGGCGAAGCAGCUGAAGAUGGAGGUUCAGAAGAAGAAGAAGGUCCUCAUGGCCAUGGUGCCCAAAGAUGAUUUGCAGGAGCUGAUCAAUGCCGGCGUUUUCCCAGGCGACGCGCGGAACGCGGCUCAGGAAAACACAGAGGAUGAUCGCGUGACACAGCUGAAGCAGAAGCUGGAGGCCCUGAAGAAGUCCGCGUUCUUCUGGCAGUCCCGCUUGGAGAACCACGUGCAGCGGUACAACCAGUCGGUCGACCCGGCGGAAGCCAGAAGAGUUUCUGAUGUGCCCUCGUCUGCAGAUAGUACGGGAGAUCCACAAGCACCGGCACACGCACAGGACUCCAUGGCAUCCGUGGCCGUGGCCGUCAGUGCGCGCCGGAGUGUGCCCGCCCGGGAGACGCAUUGGCAGGGCGUGCAGGCUGACACCUCUCCGGCGUCCUUUGCAUCCAGCACUGCGCGUGCGGUGCCCGGCGUGCCGCACACACCGCACGCAGCCGCAGCUGCGUCUGCGGCUGCCGCCGCAGCUGGUGGGGCGCGGGAUGCUGCCUCAGCUGAGCCUGAGCAUGUGCCAGUGGCCGCGCGGGAGUUACUCAACAAGCUGAAGAUGGGCCGUGUGUCUGGCAUGCUCAGCGCGUUGAGCCUUGGGCAAGGGAAACGCAUGAGCAGCCGAACCGCAUCUUCUCGAGACAAGAAGGAGCUGGAGCUCACGGGCCAGGCGGCCGAUCCGGCCGCCUCCGUCGCGUCCGCCGCGGCCGCGGCCGCCGAGCGGGCGGCGGCGCGGUUCAGCGGCGGGGCCUUUUCCGAGCUGGCGCAGCGGGCGGUGCAGCAGGCCUUGGAGCAGCAAGCGGAAGCUGAGAGGAUUGCCAACAAGCCCAAGCUCGGCAGCAAGAGUCGAGUGCAGGUCUUUCAGAAGCUUCGACGCAAGGUGAAUAUGAUGACGAUGGUGGCGCGGCUGGCUGAUGAUCCGAAGGAAGGCGAAGCGCACGCUGAAGCUUCAGAGGAUCCAGACUCGCCCAUCCAGCCCUCUGAUCUGCGAGAAGGCCAGACCCUGCAGCGGCAGCGGCCGUCCGACCUCCAGAUGCCGUCCGACGAGGAGGCAGGCAGUGACCUCUCCGAGAACAGCGAGGAGAUGGGGGAGACCACGAGGACCAAGCUGGCGAACGCCAUGUCCCGCAUCAAGGCCAUGAACCGCCUGCGCCAGGCCGCCGCGGAGAUCCGCGAGGAGGCCAGGAAGCUGGAGCUGGAGGCAAAGGAGAUGGUCCCCGUGACGCCGAAGCUCUCUGUGCUUGAGUAUUGCAACAACCUGGUCGAGGCUGCUGGGCUUCCGCGAGAGGAUUCAGACAGGCUGGUGGACAUGAUGCGGCUGCUGAAUGAGUCGUUCUUGCCGCUUGUCUACCAGCACCUUCUGGACCUGCUUCACCUGCCCCUGACAGAGCAGAAGUUGGCGCUGAAGGCGCUGUCUCUGGGCCAUGUGGAGAUCAGCAGUCCUUUGCGCAGCAAAGGCGACGGCACCAAGAGCCUGGGCAUCGCCAGCCUCCUGGCGACGCAGCUCCUGGCCAUGAAGACAGCUGCAGGGCUUUGGAAUCAGAAGACGAUCGAGGAAAAUCGGCUCCUCAGCCAACUCCUGCGAGACCAGGAGGCCGUGGAGAGCGGGCAGGAGCUGGAGGAGGCCGAUGCGUAG